AUGGGCUGGUUCGGCUCGAGUUCAAAGGACGACUCCGGUGUCAAGAAAACAGAAGGCGGCGCAUUCGAGUCGCCCUCACGGUCAAAUCGCAAACAAUGCUACGCAGCACGCGACGCUUUUUUCGAAUGCCUCGACAAGAACAACAUCCUGGAUAGCAUAAACACAAAGUCUGGAAGGGACAAGGCUGCAAGCUUCUGUGGACAGCUGGACAAGGAAUUCGAGAAGAAUUGCGCGCAUAGCUGGGUUGAAUACUUCAAGAAACAACGAGUGGUCAACUACCAACGCGAGCAAACCAUCAAAAAGAUUGAAAUGCAAGGCGGUGAAAUUACAGCACCACAGUUACCUCUACCAAGUCAGAACAGGUGA